GAUGUCUGCGCCCAUGAAACCGCGACUCUCAACCCGGGCACCGUCGAAGUAGCUUGUAUGAAGUUUAAUAAACGUGUAUUUUGAUAUUUGUUAACCAUUUUUAUACACUGCAUUAAGUGGACAACUAUUACAAAAUAAAAUGACCCAAAAACCAGGGGACUCCAAAUUAAAGUGGCUCGUCCCUCCAAGGAAUGCUGAUGGAAGGUUUCCACUGCGAUGGCGGAUGCCGAGCUGGAUGACCUUGUCCUUCUUUAACAUGAUCAGCAAAAUGUGGUCCAAGAUUUCCUAUGUACAGACACAUAACCUAGAAUUUCUACAAAGUGCUCUUGAAUCCCGUCAAGGACGUCCUUUAAUCACAGUUAGCAACCAUGCCUCAUGUAUAGAUGAUCCACUUAUUUGGGGUGUGCUGAAGUGGCGCCACCUACUGAACACAGAGUUAAUGCGCUGGGAUCCGGGUGCUGAAGAUGUCAUCAGUAAAUGGCCGUUGACGAACCGCCUGUGUUCCUGGGGCAAGGUGGUCCCUAUACGCAGAGGGGACGGUGUCUUCCAGCACACCAUGAACUUUUUGGUUGAUGAACUCAACAGGGGCAACUGGGUGCACGUGUUUCCUGAAGGUAAAAUCAAUGUAACAAAAGAACCAAUGAGGCUGAAAUGGGGAGUUGGAAGACUGAUAGCAGAGUGUAAGAUUGAUCCUCUGGUCAUUCCAAUAUGGCACCUAGGGGCAGAUGAUGUGUUGCCAAAUAGAAAGCCUUAUUUUCCACCCAGAAUUUUGAAGGAACUGACUAUAUAUGUUGGAAAACCCCUGGAGUUUAAGACAUUAUUGGAUCAGUUGAAGACAGCUAAAAAGUCCCCCAUGGAAAUCAGAAAGGCAAUAACAGAUGUUAUUCAAGAAGAAUUUUUAGAACUAAAAGCCAAAGCUGAGCAUUUACACAACAGUAGAAAGAUGAUAUCAAAAAGCUGACGAAUCUACUUCAUUUAUCAUAGCUGGGUAUAUUUUUAAUACGGACUUAAUGAAUUGACUGCAGUUACUUUUAUUUGAAUCAAAUGUCUCAGGUGAACAUAGUUCAUACCUAGAACAUUUGGCUCAGAAGGAUUUAAACUUGUUUCUUUGGUGUCAAAAGUUAUCGAUUUCAAGAAAAAAAAUUAGCAUGAUAAAGAUCAGAAGGUCAUCCGUUGUUCUAACUUUGAAUGUCGGAAUGGAUGCAUAAACUAUUGGUUACUAUGGGAAAGACGUUGUUUAUCCCAGGAAAAUCAGUCUUUUGACCAAAAUGAAGUUGUUACCCCUUUAACAUAAAUAUAUAGUUUAACUUUUGUAUUAACUUUAACUUUUUUCAAAGACAAAAACAAAUCAUCAGGGCAAAUCAUUGUUGACCAUUGUUAUGGUAAUAAAGGUAUUUAAUUCAUUACACAUGUAUUUGUGAUAACAUUUAUUUGUCUGAAAUCUCAACUCCUUCUUUCAAACCUUACUGUCUAAUAUAACAGGUCAUUGGACUGGAAGGUGGCUGUCAACUGAUGUGUUGUAACACAAAAUUUUUUUUUUUGUAAUGUUAAACUAGAGUUUGCUUGAAUUUCAAAAACCCUUUUUGUAAGCAAAUUUAUUAUUUGUUCCCGCUUGUAAAGUUUCCAAUCAUUAUCAAGUUCAUUAUACCACAGCCACCAAACUGUUCAACUACAGGGGUAGCAGUACCCCUGCACCCGUGACAGCUGAAAUAUGGCAUGACGCUUUCAAAGAUAAAAGUUUCUAGGAAAAAAA